AUGAACCAAGCAAGACAAAUAUCUGGUUUAACAACAUCUACAUCUCAUUACACAUCAUCUAGAUCAUCAAAUUCACCGUCGAUAAAAGCUCUUCAACUUGAAUAUGCAAGAUUACAAAAAGAACCAGUAGAAGGCUUUACCGUUAAACUUGAUGAUGAUUCAAAUUUGUAUAAAUGGCAUGUUGGAAUUUUUGGGCCACCUGAUACCUUAUAUGAAGGGGGUUAUUUCAAAGCAGAUAUGGAAUUUCCAACAACUUACCCAUUUGCUCCACCUAAAGUUCGUUUUCUAACGAAAAUGUGGCAUCCAAAUAUAUAUGAAAAUGGUGAAGUAUGCAUAUCGAUUCUACACCCACCAACAGAGGAUCCUCAAUCAGGCGAGCAUCCAAGUGAACGAUGGAAUCCAACGCAAAAUGUUCGAACAAUUCUAAUGUCAAUUAUUAGUCUAUUAAACGAACCGAAUUGUUCAUCACCUGCUAAUGUUGAUGCAAGUGUUAUGUAUCGAAAAUAUAAAGAAAAUAAAGACAACGAAUAUGAAUCAAUAAUAAAAAAACAAGUCAAUGAAUCACGAUUAGUCGCUGAGCACGAAGGCAUAACGAUACCAAAAACCCUUGAUGAUUACGUGGCGCCGUCACGUGCUGGUGCACUUGGAUUGAAUGGCGGCAAGAAUGGUAAACGAUCUGUAUUCAAUGCAUUAUCACACGAAGACGAUGUUGACUUAGGAAUAGAUGAUGAUGAUGAUCAAAUGGCUGAUAUGGCUGAUGAUGAUGAUGGAUCUUAUGAUGAUAGCGAUUAA